UAUCAGUACAUGUCCUGCGACUCGGCCGCCACCCUACUCUCCUUGUUAGAUGGUUUGACGUCCUCCAAUGCUGACCUGAGGAGGUCUGCUGAAGGAACCUUAGCCGAACGAGAAACCCUACCUGGCUUUCAAACGACUCUUUGCCGCCUUGCCGUAGAUCCAUCACAGUCCGUCCCAAUGAGGCAGUUGUCGUUGACCAUAGUCAAGCGUAACGUGAGAAGUCGUUGGACCGAACUUACAGUGGACGAGCAGAACGAGGUUCGAUCAGUGUUGGCUGAGGACCUCUUUGAGCCCAACAGUACGGUGCGAAAACUCGUGCACGCAUGCGCAGCCCAGUGUGCCGCCCAGACCUCGUUGCAAGGGUGGGAGCCUGUCCUGGAUAGAGUAGUGCAGACCAUGCAGGACCCGACUGCUCAAGGAGAACGUCGGUCAAUUUGCUUUGACAUGCUGCAGGUUUUCCAGGACGAGGCCGGUCCGGAGGUCGCUGGUCAUCUGUUGCAUCUGGAGGGCUCUCUGCGCGCCUUAGCGAUGGAUACUAACAUUCCCCUUGUCGCUAGGUGGAAGGCUCUUGACCUCUUCAGCACCUCAGCGGCCAUUGUGGCCGAACAGGCUACUUCCAAAGCUCAGCGCAAUGAGUUGGCAGUUGGUAUGCUGAAGGGAUGGCUUCCAGUAGUGGAGGGAAUGGCCAGAAGUGGAGAUGUUCUGGCAGUGCUAGCAGCAGUUCGGGCGGUCAGCAAGCUUCUGCAAAGACUGGGUUCAGCGAUGAAGCCGAUGCUCGAGGCCGUGAUGGAGCCUGUAUGUGAGUUCAUUCGUGGUGGACAGGUCCAGUACGUCAAUUUGGUGGUCAAUUCAGAGGAGGGUGGUAUUGACGAGGAAGAAGACGGUGGUCCGACUACUUUACUUGUCCAGUUUUGUGAAUUGUUGUCUUCCGUGGUCUCAAAGGCGAAGCUCAGGCCUAUCGUUAAAGGCAAGACUGCGGCAAUCCUCGAGCUGUUGGCCCCUUACUGCCAAGUGACUGAGAGUCAGAUGGCUGAGUGGUCCGACGACCCGGCGACGUUCCUGGCCAACGAGGAUGACGAUUUCGCAGCUCUAACUGUUCGCCUGUCUGCGGAGGGUAUGGCAGCUGAGAUGAUUGAGUCGUUCAGUAGCGAAGCCUUCAAGGCCAUCAUAGACGUGGCUACUGGCUUGGUCACAGCCGGAGCCGCGUCUACGGCUAAUCCUUACUCUUGGAAGAAAACUGAGGUUGGUCUGCUGAUGACUGGCUGGGCGUGUGAGGCGAUCAAUCACCAUGGGGAACAGAAGAAACCCAUUGGGCAAGUCGACAACCUCGUCAAGGUCGCUGCUGGGAUCGUUGGUCAGGAAGAUUCUCCACCAUUCUUGCGGCUGCGCGGACUUGCUCUACUGGCCAAGAUAUGCGAGUAUAUGAAGGCCAGCUUCACGGCUGACUGCUACACAAUUUUACAGCAUAGUCUUGAGGCGAUGCAGGCUAAGAAUCACAUCUGUCUACGUCUCAUCGCUACUCGGGCGUUUUGUAAAUACCUGAAGAUAUGCGCUCCUCAGAGACCAGAAGAGUGCAAUGCACUACUCCUGAGUGGCGGCGGCUUCCAGUCCAUAGGCAGCCUUAUGAACUGGUCUGGUGAAGGUCUGGCUGAUGAGUCAAUGCACUUGUGUAUCGAGGCCCUCACUUCGAUAACGCGGUACUCUCCUAAGAGCAUCGUGGCUGUUGGUGACGAUUUCCUAGGUCUCACUAUGAGCCUCUGGGACAGGGCUGCUAUGGACCCGUUGGUCCACUUGCAGGUCCUGGACCUGCUCUCGUGUGCCUGUGGAGUGGAUAGGAGCCUUCUGGGCAAGGUGUCUUCUACUGUGACCCCUAAGAUCCGCCAGUGUUUGUCGAAUCCUGACGAAUACGAAAGUCACACCGUGGGGAGCUCUAUUGAAUUGCUGUCCAUCCUGCUGAAGCGGUCCUCAGUGCCUUACCCUGAGGAUAUGUGGUUGUGUGUGCAGCAGUUGCUGAGUCUCUGUCUGCACACCACUGACGCUCCUCUUAUUCAGAACGCCUGUGACACAUUGCUCUACGUCGUGCGGAGGGCCCCUAUGGGCCAGCUGGAGCAGGCCAAGACUAGGGUACUCUCUACUCUGGAGAGGCUUCUCGAUGCUAACGAGUUGGAUGACUCAGCUGCGAUGUUCGCGGGCCCACUGAUCACUUGUGUGGUCGAGCGUAUGGGCUCUGCUCUCGGGCCACAGUUCAUGCAGGCUAUGCUACAGAGGCUCCUAGCGGCCAGGGCUCAGCAUCUGGUGCAGUCCCUUCUGGUCGUCUUUGCUCGAUUGGCCCAUGCAAAUCCGGUUGGUGUGGUUGACACCAUGGCUGGCUUCAGCGUGCCUCUUGAGGGGAAGGCAGCUACUGGUUUAGAGGCUCUGAUGGCUAUGUGGUGUGUUACUGCUCCCAAGGUGGCGGCCCGAGACUCGAGGACGAUCCUCUUCACGGCCCUUAUCAAACUUAUUGACAGUCGUGCACCUGCCCUGUUGGGUGUUAGGACCAGGACGCCCCUCCCGGUGAGGCUGAUCGAGGUCCUCACUGCUGGUCUGGAGUACGAGGUGAAGCGGGACAGACAGAGGUCCCAUGUGAGGGGCGCCACUCUCCUCAACGAUAAUGGGCAUAUGGGCGGUAGUGAGGAUGAUGAUGAGGAGGACGACGAGGAGGAGAUCAGUGAGGAAGACGCUUACAACGAGAUCCUUGGCCAGCUGGAAGACUAUGCUGGUGAUAGUGAUUCGGAAGAUGAUAUGGAUGAGGAGGACGAGGAGAUCCGUGAUCCUCUACUGGAAGGGGUUGUACUAAAGAUGGCCAUAUUGGAGGCCUUCCGAAGGUGGGAGGCUGAGAGUCACCCAUGGUUCGCGGAGUGCCCGGCUGAGGUGAAGGAGAGGCUGAGUAAGGCGAUCCCUAAGGCGGUCCAACAGCUCAAGGAAAGUGGCGGCCAGGCCUAAUGUGGUGGUCACUGAACUGUACUUAUACAUAUGUACUCAAUGAGAAUCAUAUAGACCUA